AUGACCUAUCGAUUUGUGGGCGAGCGCGGUGAGUUCAAUGUGGUGCGCAAGGGGAUCUCGCGCGCCUUCUGGAAUGAUAUCUAUCACUGGCUGAUCAAGCUCAGUUGGCGCUACUUCUGGCUCCUGCUCGUGGCGAUCUAUGGAGGCGUGAACGUCCUGUUCGCCAUCCUGUUCAUGCUGGGUGGGGAUUGCAUCCACGGGGCCGAUCCGAACAGCUUCUCGGAUCAUUUCUUCUUUAGCAUCCAGACGAUCGCCACGAUCGGCUACGGCGCGCUCUACCCGAAGACGCUCUACGCGGACUUGUUGGUCUCCAUCGAGGCGUUCCUGGGGGUCGUGAUCACGGCGCUCUCGACGGGGCUCGUGUUCGCCAAGUUCUCGCGUCCCACAGCGCGCGUGUUGUUUAGUGACCGGGCCGUGAUCACGGAGUUUAACGACGAGCGCACGCUGAUGUUUCGCAUGGCGAACCUGCGCGGCAAUCAGAUCGUCGAUGCGACCGUGGAUGUCUCCUUCGUGCGCUUCGAGACGACCUCCGAGGGGGAGCGUUUCCGGCGCUUCUAUACGCUCCCGCUAAAGCGACGCCGCACCUCGAUGUUCGCGCUCAGUUGGACGGUGAUGCAUGUCAUCGACGAGGAGAGUCCGCUCUACGGACUCUCUCCCGAGGAUUGGGAGGAGGAUCAGGCCGAGAUGAUCAUCUCGAUGAACGGCGUCGAUGGAACCUUCGGGCAGAUGAUCCACGCGCGCUACUCCUACACCAUCGACGAGGUCGCCAUCGACGCGAGGUUUGUCGAUAUCCUGACGGUGCGCGAGGACAACAUGCUCGAGGUCGACUUCUCACACUUCCAUCACGUGGAGUGA